AUGUCGGUUUCGGCGGAGCCGCUCGACACGCCGCGGAUGCGGGAGUUCCUGAGCAAGGUCACCGGCGUCUACAACCAGGAGUACGUCAGGCUGUCGCCAUCCAGCUGCGUCAUGCCCACGCUCUACAUGGACGUCGCCCAGAGGGUGAUCGACUUCGAGGUCAGGCCAGACGACGUCUGGAUAGUCACCUACCCAAAGUGCGGCACUACUUGGAGCCAGGAGAUGAUCUGGCUGGUCAUGAAUAACUUCGAUUACGACACGGCGUACAAAAUUCCGCUACAUGAAAGGACACCAUUCAUUGAAUUCUCGUCAAUUCUGAAACCAAUGGCGGAUCUGGGCCCGCACUCAAUAGAAGCCUGUGCGAAACUGAAGUCGCCAAGGUUCAUCAAAAGCCAUCUCCCACUCCAACUACUGCCGAAGCAGCUGUGGACGGUGAAGCCCAAGAUCGUCUACGUCGUCCGCAACGUGAAGGAUACCAUUGUUUCCUACUAUCACCACUACAACCUGUGGGGCGACGUUUCCAUGUCGCUGGAUGAGUUCGCGCAGUUCUUCACUGAAGACUUACCGAUGUACAACCCUUUCUGGACUCAUGUCCUAGACUUCUGGAACAUCAGGAACGAGCCAAACGUCCUCUUUUACAGCUAUGAAGAUAUGAAGGCGGACUUAGCAUCUGUGAUCCGCAGAGUGGGGGAGUUCCUGGGUAAGCCAGUGCCAGAGGAGCAGAUGCCCAAGAUGCUGGACCACCUGAGUGUGGAAAAGAUGCGUGCCAACCCACAUGCCAACCACCAGCACGUGGCAGAGUACGUGCGCAAGCAGUCAGGUUUGCCAUCGGCUACAGCUGCCGGGAAGCACUUCAUCCGGAGUGGCAAGGUCGGUGGAGCACUCAACGAACUCUCUGCUGCUAUGCGGCAGAAGAUUGACAGCUGGACAGAGGAGUGCCUGCGGGGGUCAGACUACUCCGGCCCUCGGUGA